AUGAAGGCUGAGGGUUUUGUGGUUGACAACUUGGGGUGUUACGGGAAGUCUAUUAUACUGGUGUUGUGGGGUUUUUGGCUUCUAACUGGAUUUGUGUUAUCGAUUGGUGAAGUUUUUCAAAAAGGGACGAUUGUCGAGGAAAUGGUGUUUGAUCCGAAUAACCAAACAAAACUGACCUAUUUUGGAGCCUUUUCUAUUAACAGGACGUAUCAAGCCGUGAUCAGUGGGAAGAACACAUCUGAAAUAGAAGAAAUGAUGAAUUCGGGAAGAGAGGUGAGUGAUGUUAUUAAUGGCAUUCACCACAACAUGUUUGGCGAGGUGAAAACGUUUUCCGAUUAUGAGACGGGACUGAGUGUGUAUAACCAAUUUCAAGCGACAUCAUUAAAGCCGUUUGUGAAAAAAGAUGAGCGAGUUAUUGGGAUGAGAGAUAUUACGGUGAGCGGGAUUGGGUAUUUCUGGUGGGGAAGUAACACGUCCGAGAAUUUUAAAAAGGCAACACCAACGAACUUGACGUAUACAACCAAAUGUUCGUUCCAAGCUUGCGAGUGUGCGGAAUUUGAUUUUGUGUCGAUUCAAAGUGUGAAACAAGAGUCUUAUGUAUUUUUAUUUGGAUUAGAUCCCACGAUGUAUAGUUUCUUGAUAUUCCAUUCGAAGAGAGGAAAGCCUGAAUACUCCUUUUUUAAAAUUACAUUCUCUUUGGCACUUAGUGUAGUCUCUAUUGUAUUUCUUAUUGUGUAUCUUGGAUUGUAUUUACUUAAAGCAUUGUUAACAAAAGCCGAUAAUAUAGGGAAGAGUGUGUACUUAAAUUACAUCACUUUUGUCAUGUUGAUUGCACUUCCUGUUUUUAAUAACCCGAUAGUAGUGGGGAGGUACUUCUAUAAUGCAGAUUGGAUGAUAUAUGUGAACGACUGGCUCUUUUCUGUGUUUGAAGUUGCAUUAGUAGCGUAUAUCUACACACAUAUAAGUGUGACUCGAUUGAAAGUAUUCGAAGAGAAAUUUGAUGUUAUUUCGACUCUCACGUUUUGUGGUGGGAUAGUAAUGUAUCUCACAUUCUAUUCCUUGUAUUUUGUAAUGUAUUCAUUACCGACAAAUAAUUCACCGUUUGCAGUUAUAACAGACUCAAUGUCGAUUGGGCUGCUCUUUGAAGGGCUUUCCUCGUUCAUCCUCUUUUUGUUGUAUGGGUGGGUGUUUGUUUUGUUACUCUUUUUAUAUUCACAAGUCCAUCCCCCAUUAUACAAAGAACGCGUUGUUUGGUUCAGUACAUUCACGGCUAUAUUACUCGUAGUCGUCGUUCUUCAUUUUCUCUUCUUUCAAGACGUCAACCCAAACACUCCAAUGACAAAACUCUGCUUACAAUUAAUUAGUAAUUUAUACAUAUUCACUAUCGCUUAUAUGUUCUUCCCAUCCCCACGAAAUAACACUGACGCUUAUGGCGUUGAUGUAUAUGUUGGAGAGUAUAUACCCUUUUCUUUAAACUAG